AUUAUGUUUACUUGAAGUUAUUUAGCGUGGAGUUGCAUCCUAUGAUUUUAUGCUAAUCACUAUUUGAAAUACGGCCAAUAAUAUGCCAGUGGCAUACAAUUGCCAUCUUUUAGAAGAACAAAUAAAGAGAUUAUUUAUUAUUACAUGGUUUGAUUGGCAAAGACUCCGCCUAUAUAGGUAUUGCUGCUGGAAGCAGGUCCAGAACAGCCCGACGUCACCCUUAUACCAGGGCUACAUUCCUCGCUAGUUGGGUCAAAUGUAGACUGGGGGUAUAGCACGGAGCCGGAUGGAAAGUCCUGCUUGGCCUAUGGCGGGAGAUGUGGGUGGCCGAGAGGUAGAAUGAUGGGCGGCUCCGGAUCGAUCAAUUCAAUGUCGUAUAUAAGAGGGAACCCUCUUGAUUACGAUCGCUGGGCAGCGCUUGGUAACAAAGGUUGGAGUUACGAAGAGGUAUUACCGUUCUUCAAAAAACACGAAGACAAUUUAGAAAUAGACGAAUUAGAUCGAAGAUACCACGAUAUUCACGGAGAGCAACCGAUUCAAAGGUUCACUUAUAUUGACAAUGUAGCUAAAAUGAUAACAGAAUCUCAUAUAGAACGUGGCUUACCCCUAACAGAUUAUAACGGGGCACAACAAGAAGGAACAAAUCAAGCACAAGCAUUCUCUAGAAAUGGAGUUAGAUGGUCCGCAAACACAGCCUUCAUCCAACCUGUAAGAUACACGAGAGAUAACCUCGUAGUUAAAGUUAAUUCAGAAGUAAAGAAAAUCUUAAUAGAGGACGGUGUAGCUACCGGUGUCAUAUAUGAAAGAAACAAUAAACUAUACACCGCAUACGCUAAAAAAGAAGUCAUUCUCAGCGCAGGAUCCAUCAAUUCCCCACAAUUGCUUAUGUGGUCCGGAAUUGGGCCUAGAGAACAUUUAGAAUCUCUCAACAUACCAGUGAUAAGUGACCUGCCUGUUGGUGAAAAUUUACAUGACCAUGUCACCUACAACGGGCUUCUAGUCGCUCUGCCCAAUGGAACGGCCACUACCGUGAACGCGGAUGAAUUAAUUUACUACGUCAAAAACUUCUUUGACAUGCCCCCAAAUGAAAGACCUCUGUCAGGGAACGGGCCAACAAACUCGAUCGCUUUUCUCAAAUCUGAGCACGGCUUGGCCGCCCCCGACGUUCAGUAUCAAGCUGAUCACACGAAUUCUUGGCGGCAAUUCAUAAAAGAUCCGGCCGCCUACAAUGAAGUAACAAUAUUUCCGUCUUCCUUUUAUGACGGGUUCUUACUUCGGGUCAUGAAUAUAGUCCCGAAAAGUCGAGGCAGACUUCUCCUAAAUCCAAAUGACCCAUAUGGUCAUCCACUGCUGUAUCCUAAUUACUUUGGCGAUGAAACGGAUAUCUUUCCAUUGUUGCGAGGCACAAGAUUCGCCUUGUCAUUAGAAGAUACGCAUGCAUUUAAAAGUAGAGGAGCAUAUUUUGUCAGAACGCCGUUACCAUAUUGUGAAGAUUUUGAAUGGGGGACAGAUGAUUAUUUCGUAUGUUUGAUGAAACAUUAUACAUCGAGUACAUAUCACCCUGUAGGAACUUGUAAGAUGGGCCCAGAAGAUGAUGAAACGGCUGUUGUGGACCCAGAGUUGAGGGUAUAUGGGGUCGAUAGACUGAGAGUAAUAGAUGCUUCUAUAAUGCCUGUACUGACAUUAGGUAAUACAAAUGCUCCAUGCAUGAUGAUUGGCGAACGGGGUGUAGAUUUUAUUAUCAAAUAUUGGUCAAAUGUUACACAUGUUUAAAGUGUUUUAAAUUCAAUCUCCUAUUUUUUUAAGUAAUGUUUUGGUUUGAUAUUUUUCAUCUUGUAUAAAUAUGAGUCUGCUCUGAAAUUAUUUUGUUAAUGAAAUGUAAGAAAUAGAGAUGAAUUUUCUAAUUUUCAAAAGCGCUCUUUAAAAACUAUAAAACUUGGUAAGGUAGAAGGUAAUACAUACCUAUACAUAGUAUAGAAGUAUAUAAUAUAUCGUAGAAGUAUAUAAUAUUAAGUA